CCAGACACCAGGUGUUUAUCAAGGGUUUAAUCUAAAACCUCACUCCUUCUGUGCGUGUUCUCGCGUCAGUAUCAGGGAAAAUGGCGGUGAUGAAGCUACUGCUCUCUCAAGCUCGCCGCUGCUAUGUUAACAAAUCACACUUUUCUUUAUCUUCAUCCUUCCACAGAUACCUCUCCUCCUCUUCUGAUUCAAAUCCAAAUCCAAAUCCAAAUCCCAAUCCCAAUCAAAACGAAUCCCCUAGAAAACCACUUCCAGUCCAAACAGUCUCUUACCCUGCCAAACCCAAAGAGCAGACUGAAACAGCCUCUACGGAAACCCUUUCUCCUUCCCAACAACAACAGCAACAGGCACAAUCACCAUCAUCCCAGCCGCGAAAUCAAUUCCGCAACUCAACCAAUCAACAAACUCGGUCGAAUUGGACUAGGGAGGACGUUCGCUAUGUCAAAGACGCCCCUUCCAUAUCCCCCGUCUCAUAUCCCAUCCGUGUUGCCCCGCUCCCCGAGGAUCGGGUUUCAACUUCCUCUGAGGAAGGAGGGGAAGGGAUUGAAGAGCGAAUGAAGUGGGAGAAUGUAAGGGAGGGUCGUGAUGUGGAGACGCCGAGAAAGAAGAUUGAGGACCAUAAUCGUGUCAUGAGAAGGAUGUUUAGGCCUGUUAUUCAAGAGGAAAAGGUUGCCGUGCCGUUUCCGACGCUCAUUAUGCCAGAGAAAAAGCAAGAGAAGCGGACAAUUUUUGAUUUGUUGGACGCGAUUAGGGAGGUCAAGGCUAAUGCCAAGGCAAACUUUGAUGAGACAGUGGAGGCACAUGUAAGGUUGGGAAUUGAGAAAGGCCGAUCUGAGCUGAUAGUCCGUGGUACCUUGGCUCUUCCUCAUGCUACUAAAAAGGAUAUCAGGGUGGCCUUCUUUGCUGAAGGGGCCGAUGCAGAGGAUGCAAGGGCUGCAGGAGCUGAUAUUGUUGGUGGUGUUGAACUUAUUGAGGAAAUCGCAAACAGUGGGAAGAUUGACUUCGAUAGGUGCUUCUCAACACCUCAAGUCAUGCAGCGAGUUUACAAGAUAUCCAGGAUUCUCAAUCAUCAUGGUCUGAUGCCAAAUCCUAAACAAGGUACCGUGACCAAGGAUGUUGCUAAAGCAGUAAGAGAAGCAAAGCAGGGACAUACCAAAUUUAGAAUGGACAAAACUUCUAUUGUGCAUGUGCCUCUAGGGAAGGUGAGUUUUACAGAAGAGGCAUUACGUGAGAAUGUGGGUGCAUUUAUGAAUGUCCUUUUGCAGGCGAAACCUGCUGGCUUGAAAAAAACUUCCAAAUAUGCUGGCUAUGUGAACGCCUUCCAUAUAUGCAGCACGAUGGGCCCCGGAUUCCCUGUUUCAAUACAAUCAUUAUCAAGAGCAGCAGAUCACUAUAACAAGGUGCAGCUUAAGUGAUGUCAAAGCCCUCAUAACUGCAACUUAGAUUAAGCACCCUUCUUAGCAGCUUUCUUAUACGAACUACCAAGAUGUUGGCACACGAUUGGACUUGUUUUGGACAUGUUAGUAGAAUUAGUUUAUAAACAUUUAUUUGGUUUUGCUCACACUCCUGUGUAUUUUCCAUUUAAGCAUAUAGUCAGAUUUGGCAUUGAUAGAACACUUAUCUAAUAUUUUUUUACUUCUACUGGAUUGUUUCUAACAAUUUUGGAGUGUAAAAUCCACAUUCUUCACCCA